UUUAUGUUCUUCCCAUUAUCCUUUAUGUUCUUCUCAUUGUCAUUAUGCUCUUCCCAUUGUCUUUAUUAUGCUCUUCCCAUUAUCUUUAUGCUCUUUCUAAUAUCUUUACGCUCUUUCUAUUAUCUUUAUGCUCUUUCUAAUAUCUUUACGCUCUUUCUGUUAUCUUUAUGUAAGUUCACCUACUUAUUUCCUAUGUCUCAUUCAUUAUUAUUUUAUCUCUCUCUUACUGUAUGCUUAACUCUUGAUAUAUGCUGCCAAUAUAAUUGAAC